AUGGUCUUUGCGCUAUUGGAACUUCCGGCUGGUGUGGCUCUCUUCAAAAUAGACGGGGGAAACCAAACGCUAAAAGCACUUCUACAUUUCAAAAACACCGCAGAUGCAUUGGAGACGACGACCCGUAUGGUCAACGGUGAACUUUCGAAACCGGUGCGCAAGUUUCUUAAGAAAAAUUUUUUAGAGAAAGAAAUCACCGAGGAGUUGGCGGUCGCGGACUCUAAGCUAGCCAAGGCCAUUAAGGAGAACCUGUCUAUUUCUUGUCUGCAUGGUGACGACACCCUUCCAACCUUCCGCGCUCUGAAGGCGAACCUUGAUGAACUACUCGAGGGGAUUAACGCCGAGCAGCUCAAGCAGACCGCGCUAGGCUUGGCCCACAACCUAAACCGCUACAAGCUGAAGUUCUCACCAGAUAAGGUCGACAUGAUGGUGGUACAGGCGGUCUCCCUUCUGGAGGAUUUGGACAAAGAAAUUAACAAGUACGCGAUGCGGGCCCGUGAGUGGUAUGGGUGGCACUUCCCCGAGCUCGGCAAAAUCAUCAAAGAUAAUGUGGUUUAUGCCAAAAUUAUGCUUGCCAUGAAGACUCGCUUUAACGCCCGCGACACCGACUUCUCGGAUUUCCUCGAGGAGGAUCUUGAAACAAAGGUGAAGGAUGCUGCGAUGGUGUCUAUGGGCACUGAGAUCGCCGAAGAAGAUAUCGAAAGCAUCUUACGGCUCUGCCAAGAGGUCGUUUUCGCAUCGAAGUACCGAGAGCAGCUUUCGGCGUAUCUUUCUUCUCGAAUGCAAACCAUCGCGCCCAACCUUACGACGAUGGUGGGAGAACAAAUCGGUGCGCGGCUUAUUCAAAAAGCAGGUUCGCUGCUGACGUUAGCAAAAUACCCCUCUUCUACUGUGCAAAUCCUUGGAGCCGAAAAGGCUUUGUUCCGCGCUCUAAAGCAGCGCCAGGCCACACCGAAGUACGGUAUUCUUUACAACGCCUCCGUCGUAGCAAAGGCAAGUCCAGCUCAAAAAGGAACCAUGUCUCGUGUGCUAGCCGCAAAGGCGUCGUUGAGCGCGCGUAUUGAUUCCUUUGGUGAGAGCGAUAACAGUCCAGCCUUGGAAUACCGUUCGAAGGUUGAGAACCGCUUGAAGCAGUUCGAGGAAGGCAUUGCAUUCGGUAAGAGCGGUAAUGCACGCGGUGCGGGUGCUAAUCUUCAAAAGCGCGCCAGUUUUGGUGGUGGUGCAGGGAAUUCUUUCAAGCGACCGCGUGUGGAGAACAGAGGUUUUGUAAGAAACUGA